ACAACGGAACGCUAUUUUUGUAUUGACAAUCGACGCACAGACCGUUAUAAUUCAAACCCUUAUUAUCGACUAUUUCUGUUGUGGAAUUAAAGUAAGUUAGUUUUUAAAUACAUACCGUAAUAUAAUACAGAAGAUAAAAUGGCUCCGCGAGAUACCCAAACUCACAGAGAACCGACUAAAGGAGUAAACAUUGUAAAAAAGAAGCCAGUUAAGACUAAUAAAAUUGAGGUGGCUGAAGCAAAACCUAGCACUGCACCAGCACCGAAACCAGUCACACCUAAAUCUUGUAAAAAGGAGAACAAACAAGCAAAUGUGACAGGAAGUGUAACAAAAAGUGCUAAAAAGCCAAUGCGCAAUAGACGUCCAAAGCCAGCUCAUUCCGGAGUACCUGUUCCGGAAAAAAUGAGGAAACGCUUAGCUCAAUUACUAAAUUCUGACUGAAAAAACACAUGCUAUAUAGGAUUGUGUAAAAGUUGAAAACUUACUACUAAGAAUAUAUGGCUAAUUUGUAAGACUUCAGGCUUGGCAGUCCCCAAAAUGUUUAUUUUUUUAUUAUUUAGUAUAUUAUAUACUUUUAGGAAAACACAAACUUAAUUAUUAAAGGACACUUCAGCUUUAAUUUUCAGUGCCAUCUAUGUUCAAAUCUAGGAUUUAAACUCAUUGCAGUUGCUAACAAAAUUUUACAUAUGUAACAGAUGUCUAUAGUAAGUAGUUGUUAAGCAAUUUUCAUUGACUUGCCAUAAUUUUUUUAAUUGUAAUCUUUAUUGAGCUUCAUUAUAGAAAAACCAGCUGUGGGUUUUUGAUGUGGAGACACAUUUAAGUUCAUAUAAUCAUCUGUCUUAUUUAAUUUCAAAAACUGCUUCAAAGUUUUUGAUUAAGAAAUUGAACUAUAUGUAGAUAAGCAUUACCAUUUUGUAAAAAAAAACUUUUAAUUCUUAAUUCUGUAUUGCAAAGAGAUAGUGGUUCACAAAGGUUUUGAAGGCUUCGCCAGCUGACGAUCCGGAGGAUGGGGGCUAGUAGUAAAAGCUAUUUUUAUUAAAAAGGACAUGCUUAUCAACAUGUCCAAUUUUUCGAUUGAUCUAGGAGGGCAACUAAACCCCCCACCUCUGUCUUGGUGGUAUGGUAUUUAAAUUAUUUGUAUUUGGUAGACAAAUGUUAGUGUUAAAUAAAAAAUUGACAAGUACAUUUAUUGGUAUACAUAAAUGUUGACAAAACCAGUACAUUUUUUUACUAAUUUUACUUUGAUUUUG